CUUAUGUGUGCAUGUUAAAAGAGUGAGACAAAGAAAUAAAAAUAAAAAGUGAGAGGGGUGUCUGUGUGCAUCUGGAAAGAGUGAGAAAGAAAGCGAGAUAUGUAUAUGCCUUAUGUCUACAUCUAAGAAUGAGAAAGAGAAGUGUGUGUGCGCGCGCCUUAUGUGUACAUCUAAAUAGAGAGAGAGAGAGAGAAGAGAGAGGGAUACCUAUGUGCCUUAAGUGUGUAUCUGAAAAGAGUGUGAGAAAGAAAGAAAGCGAGAUAUGUAUAUGCCUUAUGUCUACAUCUAAGAAUGAAAGAGAGAAAGAGGAAAAAGGAGCAAGAGUUCCUAAGCUGCUGGUGGACCUCCACGUGAAGUUACUUCGGAAAAUAGGCAAGUCCGUUUCUGCCGACCGAUGGGAGAAAUAUCUUGUAAAGAUGUGCCAGGAGUUCAACACCACCUGGGCAUGGGAACUGGAGAAGAAGGGAUAUUGUGAGAUGACUGUGGAGUGUAAGACUGGAAUUCUCAAGUACUUGUGCGAGUGCCAGUUCGACGACAACGUCAAGUUCAAGACGGCCAUCAACGAAGAAGACCCUGAUAAAAUGCGCCUCCAGCCCAUCGGCAGAGACAAAGACGGCCUCAUGUACUGGUUCCAGCUUGACCAGGAUCACAACGUGAGGGUGUACGUGGAGGAGCAGGAUGAUUUAGAUGGCUCAUCCUGGAAAUGCAUCGUUAGAAACAGAAACGAUUUGGCCCAGAUCCUCGCACUCCUGAAGACUCAGAUCGAUCCCACACUGUUGGUCAAAAAGGAUCAGGAGGAAGGUUCGUCUAGUAACAGCCCAAACUCGGAGACUGAAGAAAACAAGAAGAAAGAGGAUGAUGUGGACGUUAAGAAAGACAAGGAUCUGGAGGAAGAGAAGUCUCCCAAAACUGAAAAAGAUGACCCGUUAGAGCAAAUCGAUAGCGUAAAGCAGGAAAUCGCAGUGGGAAAAGAAGCACUGAGGGACAAGGCCGCUAAAGACGACGUCCGGUCUGAAAAGCCGGUCGUAGGAGAGGAAACCGCUAGCAGAGCGGUUAAAGAGGAGCCCAUGGAAGAAGACGAAGCGUUCAACAACACCUCCAAGUCAACAUCUGAAAAGAACGGUGGACCGCUGCCUUCAGAACAUACGAGGGAGGUGAAGAAGUCGUCAGACGAGAUCCAGAAAGCUUUGAAAAACGACCAACAGGCAAAGAUCCCCCUGAAGAAGCGUGAGAUGAAGCGAAGUGAGGAUUUUGACACCGCCAAUUGUGGAAGCGGCGGCAGCAGCAUCAUCGUGCGUAACCCAGCUGUAAAAGACGUGCGGACCGCCAGCGAAGAGAACGGGUUGAGAACGGGCGAGAACCUCAACGGUAACGUCUCGCCUGCUGUAGCGGUGGAGGGUGACGGGAAGGCGAGUGACGACUUGCAGAUAAAGCAAAAAGAACCGCCAGCUAUUUCUGAAGAUCAGCAAGCAGACGCUGAAGUCAAGGAAACAAAAAAACAGCUUUCUGACGCAAAACAAGAAGAGGGACAUGAAGAAAAGCAGAAGAAAGAGGAGGAAACGACGGAUAAGAGCCAAACUAGCACAGAGGAGUCCAUGGAAGUGGAGGAAAGUGCGGUUGCAAAGGGGGAUCAAGAAACAUCGCCACAGGUAGAAGAGGCAGCUCAGACAACCGAAACGUCAUCCGGAUCCGAAGUGAUCCGCUUGCAAGCGGAUUCGGAAAAGGACGACGAGUCGGCCGAGACGGAAGUCGCGAAAGAUUGUUCAAAACCUCUCGACGAGGAAGCGCCCAAGAAGUCAAGUGAGACGAAACCCACGGACCAAGCUGAGACCGAGAGCAAGCCAAAGACCUCAAAAGAGACUCCUAAUGAGAGAGAUACAGAUCAGGAGCGAGAACUAAUAAAACAUGAGUCCGGCCAGACUGAUAAAAAGAACGAUACAGCCUCGAAUGAGAACGCAGAUGCUGCAAAAGACGACAAAACACAGACGGGAACCGAGGCCCCCAUGGAGACUGAGCGGUCUACAUCAGAAGACUCUGCACAACAGCAAAGUACAGCUCAGGAACAGAGCGAACUAGCUGUCCAAAAAGCAGACGAGCCUGGCAUGUCCGAAGAAACCAAAAGUCCUGUUGAUGAAACAACAUCUACAACUCUAAAGGACAGUGCCUUACUGGAAGGUGAUGAAAAACCUGAAUCGGGUUCUACAAAGCAGACCGAGAAACAGGAGCGUCCUAAAGAGGAGAACAUCCCAGUUAAGGAAAACGUAGAAUCUGAACCUUUAAAUAAAGGAAAGGAACCGCCUGAAGAUUCCGAUGUAUCCAACACGAAGGAAAAACCAUCCUCGCCAAAAGAAAACGAACGGACUGAAGGCUGUGAAAAAUCCGCCGUGUGUGAAGAGACGGAUACGGAACCUGCAGCCAAAGAGUCUUUAAAAUCGGAUCGUGACAGGACGCCGGAUAAAACCACGCCAGACGCAGAAGGACCCCAUUCAGUUGCUACCCAAAAAGAAUCGGCAGAUCAGGAGAAACAGGAUGUCCUGAAAAAGUCAGAGGAACCUCCUACUCGUGCAGUAUCCAAAACAGAGGAAGUAGUGAAGCAGGAUAAGCCAAUGGAAGUAACUUCAGCGCACACAGAGGAUAAUAAAGUACCCACAGAUAAUAAGGAUUGUGAUGCUGAGCCUAAAAAGGAAGCUUGCAGUAAGAAAGGCGUGCAGGACGAGCAUCCUGUCGAGGAGAGCAAGGCUUCUACAGAAGAGUCCAGCGAGAACCGGAAAGAAAACGGUGAACAAAAAAGUACUUCCGAGAAGGAGGCGAACCUCAGCGGUGAAUCGACGGAAGACCAGAAUCGAGCAGAGGAGAAGACGAAGACGGGUAAAGGAGAAGCAGACGAUCGCAAAGAACUACCACAAGAAGCGAUCCGUCUGAAAAUCAAGGUCCCGGCUCACAGGAGGCGGGCAGAGCUGCAGCGAGAAGAGGGAAAGGGUGACUCGGAGUCUGAGGCGAGCGAAGGGAGAUGUCUGAGGCGCUCGCCGAGGAUUUGCAGACCAACAGCCAAGCUAGCAGAAAUCCAAGACCGGAAGGUGGAGAAGAAACAAGUCACGCCUUCGGUCGAGAAGGAGAAGGAGGAAAAUGAAGAAAAGGAUGGGGAUGAAAAUGCAGUACAAAAAAAGCCAAGAGAGAAGAAGGUUGAUCAAGAAGGUCAAGCUAAACCAAAGGGGAGACGCCAAAGGCGGGUACGAUGGUCCAGAGUCCGGUCACAGCGCAAAAAGAAAGGCUCGGAGGAAGACGACGACAACGAGAAUGACGAGAGUUCAAGCGAGGAGGAGGAGACCGAGGAAGACGACAGUGAUGAGGAUUACCAGGUGGAGAAAAAAAAGAGAAGGCGGAACCGCAACAGAGAGAGGAACAGCUCUGAUUCUUCUACCUCGUCUUCAGACGACCUUCCGCCAAACGAUGACCCCUGCAAACACUGUGGCCUGCCCAACCAUCCUGAGCUGAUUCUGCUGUGCGACUCGUGCGACAGCGGUUAUCACACAGCGUGUCUCCGUCCUCCUCUCAUGAUCAUCCCGGAUGGUGAAUGGUUCUGUCCACCAUGCCAACAUAAACUGCUUUGUGACAAGCUGGAAGAACAGUUACAGAAUCUAGACGUGGCACUCAAGAAGAAGGAACGUGCCGAGCGAAGGAAAGAGCGUCUGGUCUACGUCGGGAUCAGCGUCGAGAAUAUAAUCACGCCUACCCAGCUUGAAGCAGAGGAAGAAAAACAAGAAGAGGUGGUGAAAGAGAAGAAGGAGGUCAAGAAAAACAAGUCCUGGGGCCGAAGAUCGACCCGGGCCAAAAAAUACAUAAGCUACAGGUUUGACGAGUUUGACGAAGCUAUCGAGGAGGCGAUCGAAGAAGAUAUCAAAGAGGCUGAGGGAGGAGGAGCAGGCCGUGGUAAGGACAUGGCAAAUAUCACAGGCCACCGAGGGAAGGACAUGUCCGCCAUUUUGCAGGAAGAAGGGAAAGAAAAUGGGCGGCCCAAGCGUACAAAUGCUGGACAGCGGCGGAAAAAACGGCGGCGCCUCAACGACCUGGACAGCGACAGCACCAUGGACGAAGAGGAGAGCGAGGAAGAGUUCCGCCUGAGCGACAGCAGUGAGGAGGAGGAGUUUGUGGCGUCGGAUAACGAUGUGGACAGUGAGGGAGAGGCACCGUUAUUUGACGACAGCGACUUCGGCAGCGACGGCCAGGGACCAACUACGGGCUUUUUGUCCAGGCGGAGGUCGACUAAACGGUGGAGCGCGCGACCACGCAGGCGACGCAGACCCAAAGGAUACUCCGAUGACGAAGAGCUCGAGGACACCGAUGAAGACGAGGAGGAAGAAGAAAUGGUGACUGAGGGUUCCAGUGAGUUUAGUGACAGUGACCUGGACAUGCGCAGGCGGCGUUCCCACCGGAGCCAGAAAAAGCAAGUCAACUACUGCGAGGCGACCGACUCGGACGCCUCCCAGGGAAGCACCAACAGGGACAAGGCCAAGAAGCGCAGGCGCUUAUCCAGCUCCGAAAGCGACGCGAGCUUCCAUUCCAUGGACUCGGACAAGGAAGAUGGAAAGAGUAAAAAGCAGAGGGCGGUCCUGUCGGAAGAGGAGUCUCGGAAACGGCGCAGGCGUCUGUCACUGAAGCGCAGGAGGGAGUCCGAGGACGACGACAAUAGCAGCGAUUCGGAUGAUUCGGAGGAAGAGGAACGGCCCGUCCGCAAGCGGGUGAACCGAAUCGAUUCGGACGACAGCGACGAGGAGGAGGAGGAGAAGAAGAGCACAGAGAAGGAGGCCGAGGACACCGUAGCGAAAGGGGUCAGCCCUCUAGACUAUAACCUGGAACUUCCUCCUACUAACGGACAGAGCCCCAUGAAAACUCUGGAGGGUUUCAUCUCGCGGCCUGCCACUGGCAUGGCUAACCCUGCUCUCAUGAGUCAAAUAGGGCUGAAAAACAGCAGCGCACCACAACCCGUGUCCAUUGGCGCCAACGGCCUGGUUCCCCAGGAGAUGGCGCCGCAGGAUGAAGACGAGGAUGACCUUUUGGGGGUCACAGACCUUGUAGACUAUGUCUGCAAUAGUGAACAGUUGUAAGACGUGGCGUUUUUAUUAUUAACCUUUUUUUUUGUUGUGUUUUUUUAUUUUUUUUAUUUUAUUUUUUUUUUAAGAAAGAGUAAUGUUUCUCCAUUUGUGGCCAAGCUCCCGUUCCAUUUCUCAGUUUAUUAUCCCUUAUUGUUUUUGCUUUCGUAUCAUCGCCAUGCUCCUCACAGGGGUCCUUGGACUCCUUACAGCAGGCUCAGUGUUCUGCAAGAAACAGUGGUGAUUCUGAGGAAGUAGUGAGCAGGGUACCGGAGUCUCGAAGACUCCGUUUUGCUCGCUACUUCAACCCGUCGAAGCUGCUGCACGAAGGGCGUCGGCCUCGGCCUUCGUAUCAGUCGCCGGCAGAUCGACGCACCCAAACACAGGUUGUAAAUAAGUUCACCAAACCAAGAUGUCGUCAGUGGGCCCAUCAUUAAAAAGGUUCCCUAAGACGGUUUUAUUUUUUUAACCUUUGUGAAUAAUAUGCCAAGCCUUUUGGAAAACACAGAACCUUUCAAUCAUCUAUUUUACACUAAUGUAGCCAUUCCUUCUCAGAAAAAUCAGCAUCAUCGACAUAUUCUUUCAUUGCUUUGUCGUCAGAAAGUCUCCACGUGUUAUCGUUCCACACUGUCAUGUGCGUUUGUUUUUUUUAGGCGUGUUGGGGUCGGGGG